AUUCACAGCAGUAGGCUUUUAGAGAGAGAGAGAGUUAGAGAGAGAAGGGGAGAGAGAAGAAAUGGAUAGAGUGUUUUCAGUGGAUGGGAUCGCUGACCAGUUCUGGUCACCCCACCCUCCUAUUCGCCUCGGCGACGACGACGAGGAGACGGACCAACCGUCUUCCUCCUCCGCCGCCGCCGCCACCACCGCGGAAUCGAAGUCGAUGCGGAUGAACCGUAGCUCGUCGGAAUGGGCCUUCCAGCGAUUCCUCCAGGAGGCUGCCUUGCCUGACAACACUACCACCACCACCACCACCACCACCCAACAAUCGUCUACGCUGUCGAAGCAUCCGUCGCAAGACGACGUCGUUGAGAUCAAAGGAAACCAUCAUUUCAGCGCUGUGGGGGUCAAGGUCAACGGUAACCAGCGAAAGCUAGAGCUGGCUUCGGGGGACCCACCACCACCGCCGAAUAUUCCGGUCGAUUCUGAUGAGUAUCAGGCCUUCCUUAAAAGCCGCCUCGAGCUGGCCUGCGCCGCCGUCGCUUUGACUCGGGGAAGCAGUGGCAAGGUUCAAGAAUCUGCAGCUGUGGUAGCUGAAAACGGAUCUCAAGCUUCUAAUACGUCGCAGCUCGGGUCUCAUCUUACUUACAAAGCUAGUGGACGCGAUUCAUCAAAGGUACAAGAUAAGGAUGUUGGUGUACCUCCCUUGCCUGCUAUAUCUAAGAAAUGUGGGGCCCAGGUCAAGUCAACUACAAGUGGAUCGUCCGUCGAACAGUCGGAUGACGAUGAAGCUGACGGAGAAAAUGAAGCUAAUCAAAAUUUGGGCCCUUCAGACCCUAAACGCGUCCGAAGAAUGCUUUCAAAUAGAGAAUCAGCACGGCGGUCUAGAAGAAGAAAGCAGGCCCAUUUGACUGACCUGGAGUCGCAGGUUGGUCAAUUAAGAGUUGAGAACUCUUCUUUACUGAAGCGCCUUACAGACAUAAGUCACAAGUACAACGAAGCAGCUGUUGACAAUAGAGUCCUCAAAGCUGAUGUCGAGACAUUGAGAGCAAAGGUAAAAAUGGCGGAAGAAUCAGUGAAAAGAGUAACGGGGCUGAACCCAUUAUUCCAUGCAAUGUCCGAGAUAUCGAUAAUGGGGUUGCCUUCUUUUGCCAACAGUCCGGACACAUCAUCAGCUGAUACAGCAGCUGUAGCAGUACAAGUGCAAGACGAACAGAAUCAGCAUUAUUACCAUAAUGCCCCUCUAGACCACAGAAUUCAAAACGGUGUAGUUGUAGAUAUUCCUACUCCUAUAAUAGAGGAUGUGGUGCAAACAACAAACAAGAUGGGAAGGACGAUUUCUAUGCAGAGAGUGGCUAGUUUGGAACAUCUGCAGAAACGCAUUCGUGGCUCCACCGCUUCUUCUUCGGGUACUCAAAACCAGCAAUAGUUCUUUUGUUGAAGAUCUUGAUAGGACCUCCAUUAAUGGAUAUAAAUACGAUGAGAUUCAUCGUUUGCUUUGAAUUUAUCAUGUAUUAUUAAGUUUGUACUUCUUAUGUUUAUCAAGAUUGUUGUAUUAAUAUUAUGGCGCUUGAAAUUCAUAUUCCAAUCGAUAAACAUAAAUUGAUAAAACACAAUAAUUAUGUAAAAUGUUC